GUUCUUUCAUCCCCACCAUCAUGCCCGCCCUGUCUGAUCUCCCGGCCGACAUCCUGCUGCAUGUCAUCUCGUUCCUCGACCGCAGCCCUGAUGUCUGUGCCGUAGCAGCAGUGAGUCCAGCUUUACACAGUCUGAUUUCAGCAAACGACCUCAUCACCAAAACCCACUACCGCAGCCUCCGCAUCAGCAGCAUCCGCGACGUAACCGAUGGCUUCACCACAUUGCUCGCCAUCCUCCGUAACCCUAAACUGGGCAGCUAUGUGCGCCACAUCGAGAUGGACAUUCCCAUCCGCUCUCCACUGAGCUACCUUCCACGGAAACAUGACCGAUCUCUCAAUGAAGCAGACACACAGCUUCUCCGUCAGGCCAUCAACCGGGCUGGCUUCACCGCCACCGAUGAAGGCCGGUUACUCAACAUGUUAAUGCAAGAGGCCACGCCUGCGAGGGAUUGGCUGUAUCCCAUUUACUACGACUCCGACGACGGUUUCUCGGGAAAAUCCACCUUUAUCGCCCAAGCCAUCACCACGUUGCUGGUGGCAUCAUCCCCGCAACUAGUCUCCCUAGCUAUUUCGCCUCCAUUCUGGGAAUACACCUCCUCUCCGCGUGACGACUCCCCAGAUGAUAUUUCUCUACUCACCGCCAAGAUCGAGAAAUACCCCCUCGCCAAGUUCCUCAAGCAAGCUAAUUCAGCCAAUUUGAGCAGACGAAGUCCGUACUUAGGCCAUCUGAAGCACUUUCGUCUCCUAACCACGGGGAAGAAAUCCGAUGCGCGAUCUCGGGCCUGUGCACCGCAGGAUUUACUGCUCUGUAUUGAGUUAGUUCAUGCACUCCCGGGGAUUCAAUCGUUGCAGGUGCAAGCGAUCCAAGGAUUCGGCAAUGCAUCUGGCCCUGCAUUGGCGGGGAUGCUACCCCCCGCGUCGUCGAAUAUCUCUCGGUUGGAUCUCCGGGGCUGUGAUUUCAAGUCCGAGUUGUUGUGUCGGGUGAUUUGUGCGGUGAAAUGUCUCCGUGAGCUACGGUAUUCGGUUGUGCCAGGGGGCUGCUAUGCGGGGUUUGUGGAGUUGUUUAAUCGACGGAGUUUGAUUCAGGCGGUGUUAAGACAUCGGAGGACGUUGGAGGUGUUGGAUUUGGAUUUUGAUGAUCGGGUGGGGCAGUUUCUUGCUUCGGGGGUGGGAGGUGAUGAUCGUGGUUGUGGAAGGGAGGGGUUGAGGGGGUUUAGUGCGUUGAGGAGUUUGAGUCUGGGAGUGCAUUGUCUGUGGUAUAUUGCUAGUGGGAUGGGAGUGAAUGAGGUGGUCUUGGUAAAUCAGUUACCGUCGCAGUUGGAGUUUCUUUGCGUGAGGGGGUAUGAGAGGGGGGAGGCGGAUGUGAUGGAUAGGAUGGUCGCGGGGGUUGCUACUAACAAACUCCCCGCAUUGAGAACUGUGGUUGGCAUCACCCAGUGUAUACCAGUCGGAAAAUAGCCAACAAUGCCACUCAAUAAUCCUAC